CCAGAACGUCCAGAUGGCCAGUCCGCCGCUGCCCACCAAAAAAAAAAAAAAAAAAAAACUAGGAUAGGCUAAUUAUUAUAGAGACACAUCUAAGUUUUGUUUCACAGAAAACGUUUAAGUGCUUAAGGGGCAGGUUUCCCCACGCUACCCUAAACAUAACGUUUUCUUGGUAGACAGCAUCGAAUUCACGUCCUUCUGAGGUGUACGAAGAGUAGCUGUUUCAUAGUUUCGUGCACAAAGAUAGCCUACUGCUACAAAGAUGAAAAAAAGGCUGGAAAACCUCAGCGUGGCUCCUCUCACUUCUAAUUUAACAGAAAAUCAAAGAAAGCAGCUCUGUGGCCUGCUGGGGAAUGUGAAACUGUCUCUUCUCUACAAAGCUUCAGUUCAUGGAUACAAAGCUUCUGCCUUCCACCAGAGAUGUGACCGUCAAGGUCCCACUUUACUUGUAGCCUACAACCAUUCAGGCUACAUCUUUGGUGGAUACACUAGUGUAGAUUAUGCUCAAAGCAAGCAGUAUAUUACUGAUAAAGAAGCUUUCCUGUUCAGCAUUCAUGGAAAAGCCCCUGUUCGCAUCAACGGUAACAGUGGACAUUAUGCACGUUAUGAUGACGCUGGAGGGCCCAACUUUGGUCAACAGCUGUACUUUUGCUACAACAACCAACCAGUUGUGUAUGAUCAAGGAGAGACGAUAUAUUUUAAUUUCAGUCCUGACACUCUGUAUGGGGAUGACACUCAUCUGAGUGAAUGUGAGGUGUACAAAGUGGAACAGAUCCUUCAGGUCAUGGAGAAACCAUGGAGGAAUGUUCUGUGGACAGCUGAUCAAAAAGCUCAGCUCAUGGAAAAGAUCAGGAAUCAUAAACCCCUGACACAGUCUGUCAGCCGAUUUCGAAUCCUGAUGAUCGGUCCUGUAGGUGCUGGAAAAUCCAGUUUCUUCAACUCCAUCAACUCCAUCUUCAUGGGCCGCAUUACCAGCAAAGCCAUGUCAGGAUCUGCAGGCACUAGUCUCACCACACAGUUUCGCACAUACACCGUGAAAGACAGUCGUGAGGGAACACCGUUGCCAUUUGUGUUGUGUGACACCAUGGGACUCGAGGAGCAAUCUGGUGCAGGACUGGAUAUUGAGGACAUCAGCAGCAUUCUUCAAGGUCACAUACCAGACCGCUAUAAAUUCAACCCCAUCUCACCGUUUCAACCUGAUGAGCAAAAGGCCUCCAGACCUGCAUCUCUGCAGGAGAAGAUCCACUGUGUGGUGUACAUGAUAGAUGCCACCAAAAUCUCCCUCAUGUCCAAAAACAUAAUGGAAAAACUUUCUUCCAUUCGCCGAAAAGUGAACUCACUGGGCAUUCCCCAGAUGGUUUUGAUGACAAAAGUAGAUGAAGCAUGCCCUGAGGUGGAGAAAGAUCUUCAAAGCAUUUAUGUCACUUCCUACAUCAAGUCAAAGGUAGAGGAGGUGAGCUCUCGGUUGGGUGUGCCGGUGUCUUGUGUGUUACCGGUGAAGAACUACAGUCAGGAGCUGGAGCUGGAGCUCAACUGUGACGUCCUGCUCCUCUCCGCUCUACAGCAGAUGCUCAACUUUGCAGAUGACUAUAUGGAUGAUGUCUGUCCCAUGGAGGGCGAACCCAAAUAAAGUGCCGUGUUUUAUAUAUUGGGAUAUUUAUAUCUUGAUUGGCACAAUAAGACAUCUUAAUUUAGAAGAUUGUUAUUCUUUGCCUGUUCUGCCUUUUUAUAGUCAUAUAAAUCCAUUCAAGAAAAUGCAAAUAAAGAACUUGUAUAAUAUUCAUGCUUUUGUUAGUUGCUUGUUUAUGGUUGUACCAUGAUCAGGUUUAGGUUAUAGUAAUACUACAUUGAUGUGUUAGCACUGCGAAUAAAACAACAAAACAUGGAGAAUUCAAUAGGCAAGCAUUAUUUUUUUUAAACAA